UCAGUACGGCGGCCGCGAGGGGCUCCUCGCCCCUCCCCUCAGACGGGGCGAGGGCGGCGAUGGCGCGUCCGGCGGAGGCGGCUGCGGGCGCCGCUCCGGCCCCUCCGGCCCCUCGGUGCCCUGGCCGCGGCCGGGGCUGUGACUAGGGCCCGCACAGACAUGAGGCAUCUAUUAACAAGCUAAAAGUGACAGAACCAUGGCUCAGUUUCCAACACCUUUUGGGGGCAACCUGGAUAUCUGGGCUAUUACUGUGGAGGAGAGAGCAAAACAUGAUCAACAGUUCCAUAGUCUGAAACCAACUGCUGGAUUUAUCACUGGUGAUCAAGCCAGGAACUUUUUUUUCCAAUCUGGGUUACCUCAGCCAGUGCUAGCACAGAUAUGGGCUCUAGCUGACAUGAACAAUGAUGGGAGGAUGGAUCCCUUGGAGUUUUCCAUAGCUAUGAAACUCAUCAAACUGAAGCUCCAGGGUUACCAGCUCCCGGCCGCGCUGCCGCCCGUCAUGAAGCAGCCGCCCCUCGCCCUGCCCGGUGCCCCAGGAUUUGGUCUCGGGGGCAUUGCCAACAUGCCAUCCCUCACCACUGUGGCCCCGGUGCCCAUGGCAUCCAUCCCAGUCGUGGGGAUGUCCCCCCCGCUGGUGUCCUCUGUCCCUGCCGCCGUCCCUCCCCUGGCUAACGGAGCUCCUGCUGUCAUCCAGCCCCUGCCUGCUUUCGCUCACCCCGCCACUUUGCCAAAGAGUUCUUCCUUCAGCCGCUCCGGGCCGGGAGCUCAGCUCAAUGCAAAGCUGCAAAAGGCACAAUCCUUCGACGUGGCCAGCUCUCCUGCCGUGGCAGAGUGGGCCGUGCCUCAGUCCUCUCGGCUCAAGUACCGGCAGCUCUUCAACAGCCACGACAAAACCAUGAGUGGACACUUGACAGGUCCCCAGGCAAGAACGAUUCUCAUGCAGUCAAGUUUACCCCAGGCUCAGCUGGCUACAAUAUGGAAUCUCUCUGACAUCGACCAAGAUGGGAAGCUGACAGCUGAGGAGUUUAUCCUGGCUAUGCACCUCAUUGAUGUAGCAAUGUCUGGUCAGCCACUGCCACCUGCCCUGCCCCCAGAGUACAUCCCACCUUCAUUCAGAAGAGUCCGCUCUGGCAGUGGGAUUUCUGCUGCCAGUUCAGUGUCUGCAGACCAAAGGUUACCAGAAGAACCAGCAUUGGAAGAAGAACAGCAGCAACUGGAAAAGAAAUUGCCAGUGACGUUCGAGGACAAGAAGCGGGAGAACUUCGAGCGGGGCAACCUGGAGCUGGAGAAGCGCAGGCAGGCGCUGCUGGAGCAGCAGCGCAAGGAGCAGGAGAGGCUGGCCCAGCUGGAGAGGGCCGAGCAGGAGAGGAAGGAGCGCGAGCGGCAGGAGCAGGAGCGCAAGCGGCAGCUGGAGCUGGAGAAGCAGCUGGAGAAACAGCGGGAGCUGGAGCGGCAGCGCGAGGAGGAGAGGAGGAAGGAGAUCGAGAGGAGAGAGGCUGCCAAGCGGGAGCUGGAGAGGCAGAGGCAGCUGGAGUGGGAGCGCAACCAGCGGCAGGAGCUGCUGAACCAGAGGAACAAGGAGCAGGAGGACAUCGUGGUGCUGAAGGCCAAGAAGAAAACCCUGGAAUUCGAACUGGAAGCUCUCAAUGAUAAAAGAAACCAGUUGGAGGGGAAGCUUCAGGACAUCAGGUGUCGGCUGUCGACCCAAAGACAAGAAAUUGAAAGUACAAAUAAAUCCAGAGAACUCAGAAUUGCAGAAAUCACCCAUUUGCAGCAGCAGCUACAGGAGUCCCAGCAGAUGCUGGGCAGGCUGAUUCCAGAGAAGCAGCUGCUGAAUGAUCAGCUCAAGCAAGUGCAGCAGAACAGUUUGCACAGGGAUUCCCUUCUCACCAUCAAAAGAGCCUUGGAAGCCAAGGAACUGGCACGGCAGCAGCUCCGGGACCAGCUGGACGAGGUGGAGAAAGAAACCAGAUCUAAACUGCAGGAAAUUGAUAUUUUCAAUAAUCAGCUGAAGGAGCUGAGAGAAAUCCAUAACAAACAGCAGCUCCAGAAGCAGAAGAGCUUGGAAGCUGAGAGGUUGAAACAGAAGGAACAGGAAAGGAAGACAGUGGAGCUGGAAAAGCAAAAAGAAGCUCAGAGGCGGAUCCAGGACCGGGACAAGCCGCGGCUGGAGCGGGGACAGCCAGAGGAAGAACCACAGUGGCAAAAAAAAAUCCAGGAAGAUGAGAAGCAAAAAAGGGAAGAACUACCCAAGAAGAAGGAAAGUGAGGAUAAGGGGAAACAGGAAAUGCAGGAGAAGCUGAGUAAACUCUUCCAGCCCCACCAGGAGCCCAACAAGCCCGGCCAGGCUCCGUGGUCCAACGCAGAGAAAGCUCCUCUAACCAUUUCUGCUCAGGAGGAUGUAAAAAUAGUGUAUUAUAGAGCUCUGUAUCCUUUUGAAUCCAGAAGCCACGACGAGAUCACCAUCCAGCCUGGAGACAUUGUCAUGGUGGAUGAAAGCCAGACUGGAGAGCCAGGGUGGCUUGGUGGAGAACUGAAGGGGAAAACGGGAUGGUUCCCUGCAAACUACGCAGAGAAGAUUCCGGACAGUGAAGUUCCAGCCUCUGCCAAGCCCGUGGCCGAGCCCUCUGCUGCUCCCAAAGUGUCUGUGCAGGAAACCUCCACCCCCCUGGGAGCUCCUGCCCCUCCAGAGGCUCCUGCAGCAGCCAACAACUGGGCAGACUUCAGCUCCACCUGGCCAGCAAACACCAGUGAGAAGGCAGAGAGUGAUAACUGGGAUGCCUGGGCAGCUCAGCCCUCGCUGACCGUGCCCAGCGCGGGGCAGCUCCGGCAGCGCUCGGCCUUCACCCCCGCCACUGUCACCGGCUCCUCCCCGUCCCCUGUGCUGGGCCAGGGUGAAAAAGUGGAGGGGCUUCAGGCCCAGGCUCUGUAUCCCUGGAGAGCAAAGAAAGACAACCACCUGAACUUCAACAAGAACGACGUGAUCACCGUGCUGGAGCAGCAGGACAUGUGGUGGUUUGGGGAGGUGCAGGGCCAGAAGGGCUGGUUCCCCAAAUCCUAUGUCAAGCUCAUCUCAGGCCCCAUUAGGAAGUCCACGAGCAUGGAUUCUGGUUCCUCAGAAAGUCCUGCUAGUCUGAAAAGGGUAGCAUCCCCAGCAGCCAAGGCAGCGGUGUCAGGGGAAGAGUACAUUGCCAUGUACACCUACGAGAGCUCGGAGCAGGGAGACCUCACUUUCCAACAAGGUGACCUGAUCCUGGUGACAAAGAAAGAUGGUGACUGGUGGACGGGAACGCUGGGUGAUAAAUCAGGAGUUUUCCCAUCUAAUUAUGUGAGACUCAAAGAUUCUGAGGCUCCAGGAGCAGCUGGGAAAACAGGAAGCUUAGGGAAGAAACCUGAAAUUGCCCAAGUUAUUGCCUCUUACACAGCAACAGGCCCAGAACAGCUGACUCUUGCUCCUGGCCAGUUGAUUCUCAUCAGGAAGAAGAAUCCAGGUGGUUGGUGGGAAGGAGAGCUCCAAGCGCGCGGCAAGAAGCGCCAGAUCGGCUGGUUCCCGGCCAACUACGUCAAGCUGCUGAGCCCUGGCACCAGCAAGAGCACCCCCACCGAGCUGCCCAGGCCUGCAGCACCCUCAGUGUGCCAGGUGAUCGGCAUGUACGACUACAGCGCCCAGAACGACGACGAGCUGGCCUUCAACAAGGGCCAGAUCAUCACCGUGCUCAACAGGGAGGACCCCGACUGGUGGAAGGGGGAGGUCAACGGCCACGUGGGGCUCUUCCCGUCCAACUACGUGAAGCUGACCACGGACACGGACCCCAGCCAGCAGUGGUGUGCAGACCUGCACCUGCUGGACAUGCUGACCCCCACGGAGAGGAAGAGGCAGGGCUACAUCCACGAGCUCAUCGUCACCGAGGAGAACUACGUCACCGACCUGCAGCUGGUGACAGAGAUCUUCCAGAAACCACUGAUGGAGUCUGAGCUGGUCACAGAAAAAGAAGUUGCCAUGAUUUUUGUGAAUUGGAAGGAGCUGAUUAUGUGCAAUAUAAAACUACUGAAGGCCCUGCGUGUGAGGAAGAAGAUGUCCGGGGAGAAGAUGCCGGUGAAGAUGAUCGGGGACAUCCUGACAGCCCAGCUGCCCCACAUGCAGCCCUACAUCAGGUUCUGCAGCUGCCAGCUCAACGGGGCCGCCCUCAUCCAGCAGAAGACGGAUGAAGUGCCCGAGUUCAAGGAGUUUGUCAAGAGGUUAGCAAUGGAUCCUCGCUGUAAAGGAAUGCCACUAUCAAGUUUUCUACUAAAGCCUAUGCAACGGGUAACCAGAUACCCACUAAUAAUUAAAAAUAUAAUAGAGAACACCCCCGAGAACCACCCUGACCACAGCCACCUGAAGCACGCCCUGGAGAAGGCGGAGGAGCUGUGCUCGCAGGUGAACGAGGGCGUGCGGGAGAAGGAGAACUCGGACAGGCUGGAGUGGAUCCAGGCCCACGUGCAGUGCGAGGGCCUCUCCGAGGGCAGCCCCGAUUGUUUCACUUUAUACAGUGCGUUGUUGUUCUUCUUCUACUUUUCGCAGCAACUCGUUUUUAAUUCAGUUACAAACUGCUUGGGACCACGCAAGUUCCUGCACAGUGGGAAGCUCUAUAAAGCCAAGAGUAACAAGGAGCUGUAUGGUUUUCUCUUCAACGACUUCCUCCUCCUCACUCAGAUCAUAAAACCUCUUGGCUCUUCUGGCACAGACAAGGUCUUCAGCCCCAAGUCCAACCUGCAAUACAAAAUGUACAAAACUCCCAUUUUCCUAAAUGAGGUACUGGUAAAAUUACCCACAGACCCUUCUGGAGAUGAGCCCAUCUUCCACAUCUCCCACAUUGACAGAGUCUACACACUCCGGGCCGAAAGCAUUAAUGAAAGGACUGCCUGGGUUCAGAAGAUCAAAGCUGCCUCAGAACUUUACAUAGAGACUGAAAAGAAGAAGAGGGAAAAGGCCUAUUUAGUUCGCUCUCAGAGAGCAACAGGCAUCGGGAGGCUGAUGGUGAAUGUUGUUGAAGGCAUUGAGCUAAAACCCUGCAGGUCCCAUGGAAAGAGCAACCCCUACUGUGAGGUGACCAUGGGCUCUCAGUGCCACAUCACCAAGACCAUCCAGGACACCCUGAAUCCCAAGUGGAAUUCCAACUGCCAGUUCUUCAUCAAGGACCUGGAGCAGGACGUGCUGUGCAUCACGGUGUUCGAGCGGGACCAGUUCUCCCCGGAUGACUUUUUGGGCAGGACAGAGAUCCGUGUGGCAGACAUCAAGAAGGAUCAGGGUUCCAAGGGACCAGUUACAAAGUGUCUCCUUCUGCACGAAGUCCCCACGGGAGAGAUCGUGGUACGCCUGGACCUGCAGCUGUUUGACGAGCCUUAGGAGAGAGGGGCCAGUGUCAGAAUUGAGCCAGAGUUCACUGCAGGAGGUGUCUACAGAAGCUGUCACCGAGUCCUUGCUGGUGUGGCAUGAAACUACUGCUUGCCCUUCACACGUCAGAGGGUUAUCAAAGCAAACAGGAGCAUCUUUGUGCCUUGAUAAUUCUCACUGAACACAUGAAUCCCAAUUUAGUGAGGAGAUCUCCCUCAAUCUCUCUGUGUGGAAUUUGGCGUUGGUUUCCUGGGCUGGUGAAACAACCCUGUUGUUCCUUGUGCUGCAGUGGGGAUGGCUGGCAAAACACAUGGGUGGCUGUGCUUGCUCCAGGUGCCCUGCUCUUUAAUUCCCCGUGGAGGAGGCAGUGUGGGUGUGUUUGGAGGCUUUCUGAGGGUUUUCCCCUUCAGGAGUUCUGUGCCUAUUGCCUAGCAGAGUGGUGUGUAAAUGCGAGUGAAUGGAAGGAGCAGUUUUGCAGCAAGAAGAUCUUCGAAGAUCUUCAUGAUGUUACUGAAAAGACUUAGAAAAUAAAUAGUCUAUAUCUAUAAACAGAGAAGAUUCUAUUAACAUACCACUUCAUGACUUGUGUCGCCCCUGAAAAUAAAAGCUGUCCAGGCCUUCUGCACAGAGAUGAAUUGCACUCCAGAAGAGUCCAGCCCUCGGUCCCUUUGGGAGUCGUUGUCCCCAGGACUGUAAGUGCUGGGGCAGGAAGCCAAGGGUGAGGCACAGAGCCCUGCUGGGUGUCGUGUGUACCUCCUGGGUACUCCUUCACUGCUGCUGCUCCCAGGCUGAGCGUCACCUGCAGUGGGGAAGAAGAAACAAUCGUGGCUCCAGCUCAGGAAGCGAAGUUCCAGCCUGCAGGGCCUGGUGUGCAGAGCAGUGUGUGGUGCCCAGGUACGGAGCUGAGCCGUGCUCACCUGUGUGCAGGCAGGACACAGGGCCUCGGGGCAGCCCCGGGGGUUCAGGGCAGCCCGUCCUGCAGCUCCCACGGGUGGCUGCUGGAUGUCACCAGAGAGCUCGUGGUGGUGCUGCCAAGUGGGGAACCCAAAGAUCCAGGGCAAUGCCAGGGCUCUCCAUCCGUUUCACUCCAUGGAUAACAACGUCCAGGCCCACGUCCCUGUUUGGCAAAGCUCCCGGCUCCAGGCGGGCUCCAACGUCUGCUUUCCCUCAGGCACACGUGUGAGUGCCCUGCUGAGUCUGGACUCAGGGGACAAAAGAUCCCUGAGAGUCAAAUUCCUCUUUGUUCUGCUUGGAUUCCUUUUGUUCAUGCCCUGCCACGCAUCCACUGGUAUUUUUGUAAGGACUUCAUUCCGGAUGGGAGGUGCCAGCCCGUGUCAUUCGCAUGUGAACGUUCUCGUGGAGCUGUUGUUAGGUUUUGGUGUUCCUUGCAUGUCCUUUCAGUACUGGUUCCCACCUCUCCUGUGUCGGCGGUGUUCUCUAGCACUCCAAGUCUUAUUGGUUUCCAUUAGGAAAUUAGGAUAUAUCCAUAACAGGUAGGUAGAUCAGUAUGGUAAUAAGUGUAAACUGUGCUGGGAAGUGUCUGUGUAUUAUAAUUUCCUAAAAGACCACUGUAAUGUUUCAAGCAAUGGGAAGGAAAAAAAUGUAUGUUGGAGGGACAACAAAGUUUACAUUUCAUACUUUUCAGAAUCGCUUUAUUAUUUAUUUAUUGAAGAUAGUGUAGAAUUUUGUAUCAGAAAUGACAGACAUACUUAUGUAUUUUUUGAAACAAGACAGAGAUACACACUUUAGUUAGAAACUUUCAACUGACCACAUUUUAGAGGGAGUGUGACUUCCUAGGCAUGCAUUUGUUUACCACUAACUGGCUGAAAACACGAUUAAGAGAACUUUAAGUUUCUAUUUUUCAAUGUUGUUAAGAAAAUUGUUUCAAUUAAAAUAUGUAAAUAGUACUAAACCCAUGCUUUCCUAAUUCCAUAUCAAUACAUUUUAUUAAAUAUAAUGUAUAUGAAAAUACACAUUGUUGUGGUAGGAUAAAAAAAAGUGAUAAAAUCUAUUACUGGAGUACCAUUAAAUGUCAUUGUCUAACCUUU